GCUUUAAAAACAUCAUAUUUCCCUAUCAUAGCAUCUAACCCUCAAGCCCCUAAUGAUUGGCAUAGGAUUAUUUGCAACAUCACCCAGAUACUUAGCAAUAGUAUCACCAUUAGCAUGAAACAUGGACAGCAACAUUAAACGUGCCCUUAAUGGUCUUUCGGCAACAACAUAUAGAUCCCGCAUCCCUCUUUCAAACCGAUCUAAUAUUAGCAAGACACCUACGUACCAACGCUCUCCUGAAGCCCUCUGGGACCGCAAGGACUCCUCUAAGAGCCAGCCUAGCUCCCACAACUCCAUCUACGAUGCGGCCUGGGCAUCAGAUCCAGGUGACGCUAUCAGAUCCCCUUACCAAACCCCUGAUCCGGCUCUGGUUCCAAUCUCGACGCCAACAAAGACAAAUAGGCCCAUGACUCCUACUUCUCAAUCCAGCCCCAUAGACCUGAACUCCGAGUCCCCUUUAUCAAGACUCGAACAGUCUGCUUCAACAUCCACGUUCGACACACAGUUUCUAUACGGACACGGCACAGAGCUCGCGCCCAUCGCCGAACAGCGGAGCAUCGCAACGCUGCGAACAGGAAGCAGUCUCGCGGGAUCAAACAUCUCACCCCUCCUAAAACACCAGCCCUCAAGCCUAAGCACCAGCAGCAAAGCCACCCCCAACGAACCCAGCAACCAAAACACCCCUCCCCGCCAUCUCCUCCGCCGCCGCCAGCUCUCCUUCAGUCUAGACGACCUCUCCGCCUCCCCAAACCCCAACCCCCACCGGCGAUGCAGCAGCGGCAGCAGACGUCCCAGCGGCGAGGCCUCCGAGCCAGGCGGGAGCAGCGCAGUCGAUAACCCAGGCGUAAACGGGCCUAGGAUCCCGCGCCUCCGCACGAUAAGCAAACGCCACUCCCCCCCGACCGUCGAAACCGUCGAUAUCCACGCGUACCCGCAGAAACCAGUGUACCCUCCGCACCAAGCGCCCGCGACGCCCCUCGCAUACGCGGAGUGGCUGUCCGCGCAAGGCGGACGCUCCGCCUCGCACCAUUACCCCGGCCGCGCCUCGGCGGCCGUCUUCGAGCAGCCGUUCCGCGGCGUGCGCAGCGGACACGGGAAUCUGGAGACGCAUCCGUAUAUGCGCGGGACAAGCAUAGCGAGGCCGGCUCCGGGGCCGAGAUCUGCGUUUGAUGGGAUACUGGGGUGUGCGGAUGGGGAAGGGAGUGUAGGGCGAGGAGGGGUGUUGAGAGGGCUGAGGGUCCGGGGAUCGCCUGAUGUGGGGGGUUCGUGUGCGGUUGCGCGGUGUUUCGAUGAUAUACCGCGCGUGGAGCGGGAGGCGUGGGUUUGUAAGGCGUGUGGACGGCCGGCGGAUCAGCGCUGGAGUUUGCUGGCUACGGUUGUUGGGUCUGGGGCUGGGGGGAGGCGCGGGGAGGAGUGGUGUACGAGGUGCUGCUGGCGGAAGAUGGUGUAUAUUUGGUGUUUUUGCGAGCCACUGGGGGACACUGAUGGGCGGUGAGGGUUUAGUCGUUGGGGUGUUGUUUUUUGGACCUGCUUGGCUGGCGUAAAGAAGACGGGAUAGACUUGGAAGGGUGAUGAGGUAGGGUGGUUGGAGGUGUUUGCUUUCGAAAACUCGUUUUCUAAAAAUCCUUGAAUAAUUCUUGUACAGUAGGUAGGUAUGGGGUGAAGACAUUCUCU